ACUAAAAAGGUGAUGGAUAUUCAUUCAGCAGAUGAGUUGAACCACAAGGAUGCCAUCAUGCCACUAGACGCUCUAUCCGUCAUUGCUGGAGCUAUUCUAGUAUUUACAUUUUGCUUGUUUUGUUGGGCGUGCUACGAGUUCUACACUGCUGUUCCGCCAACCAUCAACCAGAAAUGGCUCUUCAGGGUUGUGUUCAUAAUGUUCAAAGUCAAUCGGUUCAUUGCACACAUUUUGACUUUCUUCAGAGUAUUUGGAUCCACGAUGGAAGAAAACAUGGCCGCCUUCACGGACUGGAUGCUUCCAGAAUGUAUCAUGGACGAUGAACACGUCUCAACAACCUUACAAAACUUCAACGGCAUUCCCGUCCGGGUCCACAGACCUAAGAAAGUCACACUUGACUCGGGACUUUUGCCAGCAUUGGUUUACUUCCACGGUGGGGGCUUUGUGUAUGGAAGUUCUGCAUCUUUCCAUCCCUUUACAAGACGCCUUUGCGAGUCUCUUCAAAGUGUUGUUGUCUCAGUGGACUACAGACUAGCCCCAGCUCAUCUGUUUCCUGUGGCUGUGGACGACAGUCGGGAAGCAACAAAAUGGCUUCUCCUGAACGGUCCGACAUUGAACGUUGAUCCUCGGCGCAUCGGAGUGGCAGGAGACAGUGCCGGAGGGUUGCUGGCUGCUGCAGUAGCCAAACAGAUUCUUGACGACCCAUUGAUACCUAAUCUCAAACUACAGGUGCUGUUUUACCCGGCUCUACAGCUCCUUAAUGUUGGUUCACCCUCACAUAUCAUUUAUGAUGCCCAUUUUAAUACCCAUGGCGGAAUGCUGACCCGGAGAGAGGCAGUUUCUUAUCUGGCAACCUACAUCCUAGGAAAAAGCCCAGAUUAUGAGGCAUUCGUGGAUCUGGUAUCAUCAAAUAGCGUCAUCACUCCAGAGACAAACCCCCAGCACGUCAAGUACGUUGAUGAUAACCUGGUGCCGGAUCAUCUUAGGAAUGGGAUGGAUCUAGGAAAGACAAAGGAAUCCUUGAAUAAUAACCCAGAACUGUUGGAGAAAUAUGGACACUUUUUUGAGGAUCCACGUUUGUCUCCGGUCAUCGCAGAGAGCAUGGAUGGUCUGCCGACAGCGUACGUCGUCACGGGGGACAACGACUGCCUGAGAGACGACGGGGUGUUCUACGUGAAGCGUCUGGAGGCGGCUGGCGUAUCGGCCCACUGGGUCAACUAUGAGGGAGGAUUCCACGGAAUGCUUCCCAUCGUUUUCAAUUUCUUUGAGGUGGGGCUAAAAGCAGAGAAUGAUUUUGUGGAAUUCGCGCGUGGGUUUCUAUAAGGUAUUCCAUAUUGAGAAUAAGUAACUAGAUGAUAAUAAUAAUAACAAUAAUAAUAAUAACCGUAAUUAUAAUAAUAAUAAUAUCGAAGUCUUAUAUAGUGCACAUAUCUACCAACAAGGUACUCAAGGUGCUGAGAUAAAAAGCCACUACAGCGAGUUGCUUUAUUAUGAUCUUUCUCUUGCCAAUAUUAUUGUCAGUGUUUGUUGAAACUUACAUAAUUUUCUUUUAACCAACCUUAGUUAGAACAAGUUGUGAGUAUAUAUAUAUAUAUAAGAUAAUGGACUAUAAAUUUCUAACUGACUUGUCACAAGUUUGUGAAUGAUUAAAUUUGAAUAUUGACUAUUGUAAAAUGUUACUGAAAUCUUUCAAGAGGCUGAGAGAUUAUUUAUGCACGAUCAAAGUGCACUUAUUUUGAUAACAAUUGUGUGAAAUGACAGUCAGCCGUUGACUGUUUUGUCUUUGCAACCUUUGACUGUUUAUGCAACACUUAGGUCACUUAUUGCAUUGUUUACCUGUUUACAGUUUAAUAUUUCAUGUGCAUGUACUCUUAAUGAUUUAUAUUAUAUAAUUUUAUGAAGACAUUGACAAAUUGUGGUGUUGGUAAGUGCGGUGCAAGCUUGAAUGGUUUGCUAUAAUAAUAAUUUAUUGGUUUAUAUUGCGCCCAUUCCAUAAAAUGUACCCAAGUGCAUAACAAAAUAAUUAGACAAAAUGUUAUCAAGAACAAGGUCUUUAUUUGUAAUCUAAAGUAUUUUGUUAAUGUUUUUUUAAUUCUUAUUGAUAUAAAAGUUGAGGCAAUAAUGAAAAGAAUUUUUUUUUUUUCAAUAUUUAAGUGCACCAUUCAAUGCAUUAAGAUGUGUAUUUUUAUAUCACUUUUACUGAAUCUUGUAUGUAGUGAAUAGGGAUAAUCAUGUACACAUGGAUGCAUUUUAGGUUACAAAAAAGGCAUAUUUUUUGUCAGGAUCACCUGUUCACAUUUAUUUAUGUGUAUACUUAUUUAAUUUCAAAUAAGUAACUGUGAUAUUAUAGUAGAGGGUCCUCAAAUGUACUUCUCUCCCAAUAUUGAAAAUUUUACUCAGACAGAAAUAUUUCUCUGGAGGAUUUGUAAUACUCAGUAAAUUUUCAGACUGAAACUUUGCAUUUUACUUACCAGUCCAGUAUGUACAUCCUUGUUUUCUCACUUGAAGUAAUUGGGGAAAUUGGUGUAGUUUUUGCCACCAGAAGCUUGAUACUUCACGGUACACUACUCUAAAUCUCAUUUUCCCGGGUACUCCUGAUACCUAAUUCUAUUAGCUGGAUAGCGUAGUACAUAAGUUAGAUGUCUGCCACUGUAGCUUGAGGCAAUAAACGCCUUGAGUGGAGUCUACAUGUAGGGUUUACCUCAACAUACAUGUUAUCUAUGGAUAGAGGGUGAAUCAGAUAACAGCAUAAAGAGAGGACCUGCUGUAUAUAAAGGCAAUGUACUUUUAUUUUUUGGAACGGUUUAAUUGCUUUGUAAUGGUUUGAUAUAGUAACGUUUUUGAGAUAUUGCCAUAUCCUGAGUAAAUACUUCCAUGCAGGAAAGUAUUCCCUAAUAGGAAUACACAACCUGAGAAUUGUUUUGGACAGUAACGCUUCUUAGAUUCAAAUUUUGGGGAUAAUAAUAACUUGCAUCUUUUUACAUAAUCACAUUACUUUGAAUUGAAAUGUUUUUUUAAAAUGCUUUCUAUUAUGAUAUUGGCAUAAAUUUUAUAGAAAGUGUAUCCAGUAUGAUCAUCUACAAACUUAUUUAAUUUGAUAUAACAAAUUAUGCAUGUAGAAAUGUAAUGAACAAGGGAUGAAUAAAUGUAUUUAAGAUGAAACCUUGUUGUAAUCGAUUGAAUCAAUUGCGUGGAAGGGGACCAUCAAAGCUCCCAAGAAGGCGUCAACUGAAGACACCAUUUCACAUGCAAACUGAGUUCUGUCAGCUCCCUUACAAGCAAGCUCUCAGAUAUUGAAGUCAGCUGAUGAAUAUUCAUAGAUUGUACCAAGUCAGCUGAUGAAUAUUCAUAGAUUGAUUGAUGAGCUAAGUCAGCUGAUGAAUAUUCAUAACAGGUAAUGGUUAAUCACAUUACACUCAACCCCUGAGUAUAAGUGAAGAGCAAAUAAUUAAACUACAAGUGUAGUGUGUAUAGUCACAUUGUGCAUACACAUGUCUAACAGAUAUUCACGUCACAUAAUCAUACCAUGCUAGCUGGCAGUGCUAUUCAAUACCUUCAACAUGGACGGAAGAAGUGACAAAUGAGACAAUGAUGUCAUAUACACGUGCUUUAUCUGUUAAUUCUCCUCACUUCAGACAGUAUAGUAACAAUUAUACAACAAACGACUUGCUAUAGCAAGGUCAAAGGUCAAAGCCACCGCCAUUAUUGGUUGGACAAGCAGAGAGUAUUACAACGUAACAAUAUUGACUAGUUUACUUUCUAACUUGGUAUUGUGUUAGAUUUUGAAAAUCCUGGUUUGUUCAUUUUCAUUGACAGUCGGAAUCUUGCCCACCAACAACAUGGCAGCCGUUUGACCUUUCACCCCUUCAUGCAAGUAGUCUAUAGGCUACUUUAUACAGCUCUAUAUGACUAUUACAUUAUUAAUUGCACAUUGAUUCCAUACUGAUACAUGUAUCUACAGGCUGUAGCAAUAUAGCAUCGAUCCGGUUAAGUACAAAAUUCAACUUAGUGAUUGUGCGUUGCUUGUCAAAAUGGCACAAGACUUUAAUUGGCCAUCCCUUUUGAAUAAAGUCUUACCAAGCUGGGAUACUGUAGGGUCUCACAAUUUUGUCUUUAAUUGGGAUGGAUUCAUGAUUAGGCACAAACCUGUGAGAUUUUUCCACAGCUAAGUUUACAACAAUCUGUGCUAAACAGAAUGUUAACUUAGAACAACUGGUUUCAUGACACAAUGUUUGACAAUGCAUUGAGGCAGGUUACCAACUUGUUUCUAAGCUAACUUCUUUUUUGCUCAGUGUCUACUGGUUGACACGCUAAGCAUAUUAGCAAAUUACCACCUGCACUAAGCACUUUUUGAUUUAUAAAACGGGAUCACUGUAUGAAACUGUAUGAAAUAUGGUUUGACACUGCAAUAUUUUGAUAUCAGUAAAUGAUGUAUCCAAAUUCUUAAGACUCAGUUUCACGAAGCUGUUUAAAAGCAAGAAACGUAUUGAACAAGCAAGAAUCGAUAUGCUAAGCAGAAAUUGACAGGGAGCCAGCUAUUUGGAAAGUUGUGUAUUAUAUGAUACUAUGGCCAGUGUCCACUUUGAACACGGCCCCGGUCUUAUAUUGAUCAAGUACUGCACCCAUCUCAAUGGCUAUUAAUAUCUAUGGAGAUUUGGAUAGGCUCCACACUAGAAGAAACCUCAAACUAGUCAACUGAGCUUCUGUGCAACUGAUUGGACAUCUGCAUACCAUGUUUGUUAGACUGUAUGACUGGGUGUUCUGUUCACACAAAAGACUCUUCUUUGAUUGCAUGCAGAGUAGAUGUUUUCAAAUUUGAUGAGGUUUGAUGUAAUCUACCCUCUCAUUGUCACAAUCACCUGCUACUAAUGAACAAUUGAAGUGGUGAAUGGGAAACAGAGUACACGCUCAGCUCACAUCACCAAAGCAUCACCAUAAAUUGUACAGAAAAUAAUAUAACUUAGCCGCAAGCACCUGCCCAUACACCCGCGAAGGGGCUACAGAAAUUAGCUUAGCGAGUACAGAACCCUUGCUUAGCAGGGCAGGUUUCAAGAACAUGCAUGCAAAUGUAUGAUACAGUAAGUUGGACUGUCUCAAAACUGAUUUUGGUCUUGCACUUGUUCUUUUAAGUAACACUUUCUUGUGAUUUAGCAGCUUGAAUAAAAACUGCCUAGCAGACACAGGCUACCAGCCACAGUCAGUAAACAGUGUGGUUCCCUUGCUCCAAUUGUGCUUAGCUUACCAAUAGUUGUUUGCUUACAGCUUCAUAAAUCUGGGCCAAGAACCUCAAUGUGUAAUAAUAUACAUGCUAAAGUGAUCAACACUCGGUGAAGCCAACAUUAAGAGAUUAACUUUCAUCUCGGAGGGUAACAUAUUCUUGUAACCAACUUCAGAUUCUUAACAAAUUUCACUUAUAAAGAUUUCAAGGCGUUACUUAGAUCCAAAUCUAUUAACCAUGCAGGAAAAAGUAUAUUUGAACACAAAUGUUUCUGCUGGAUUGACUGGAAGCACAAGUAUAGUGCCUGUGCACUUUUUUGUCUGUUUAAGUAGAAAUCAAAAGUAAUUUAUUAUAUAUCAUUCACCCUUUCUGUAUUAACAGUCUCCUCUACACCAAACUUGACAUUAUUGACAAAAGUCUCACAAGAAUUAUUAGUAUUAUUCAUUAUUCAAUAGCUUAUGAAUUAUUCAUGAUCAAUCUUCUGCUAGAAUCGUUCUCGUCAUUGGCAAAUAAAACAUCUCCACAUUGCCACAUUAAAAAAAUAUUGUGUUCAAAUUUCAUCAGGAACUAGUCAAACAAUAUUGUUCAACCAGCGCAAUUAGUCGCCAUGUUUAAAAAUCAUAUGCUCAUUUGCAUAUUAUUUAUAGAAACCUCUAAAAACAUUAAUGACUUUGGGAUUUGUUUCUUUUCUCUCUACUCUUGAUAUUCGGAUUAUUCAGAAUAAACAUAACUUAAUUACAAUACACAAUCGUGCUGAUAUCAUCUAAUAUGUACAGUUUAAAUUACAAGAUGCCAGUGGCAUUAUAAUUAUGCAAAUAAUAUGAAAAUAAUAUGCAUAUAUUAUAAUGUCUAUGGUCUAAUAUCACUGCAUUAGAUUUCCAUCAAUACAUACAUUAUUAUAUACAUGCUACUUUUAUCUAUACACAAUAUAUAUUCAUUUAAACAUCCCUGUAUGUUGGUAUUGACAGUUAUUCAAUUAUUAAUCUUAAAUUUACGAGCUAGGAAGUUAGUCUUCUUUAAACAGCAUUUUUAGUUUCCCCUGUUCAUAUCCAAGCAGCAAAACCCUUUCAAUAACUUAAAAUCAAACCAACAUAGGAAUGUCCAUAUGAGAAAAAGAGCAUCUGAUAAAAAUACUUCUUUCUUGUUUUUUUUUUUUU